AGCAUUGUAGCUUUACUUCCUUUCAUUUAUUUAUUUUUUCUUCUCAUUUUUCCUUCUCUUUGGAAUUCAUAGCUAUUGUGAUGAGAAACUUGAAUCAGAUCCAUGGAAGCUAAUUCCAUCAAAUCAUCUCUAAAAACCCAAUUUCCCACUCCAAAAACACCCGUAAUCCCCCAAACUCCACUCAGAUCCACCUUUUUAUAACCCCCAGAUUCCAGUUUCUCUCAAAACCCAGUUCUUUUUACACCCAAAUUAAGAUACCCAGAUUCUCAAAACCCCACAAAAAACCAUGAAAAACCAAUCGAAAUUGUUCACGAUCGGGCUAGUAUCAGCCUGGUACACAUCAAACAUAGGUGUACUGUUGUUAAACAAGUAUUUACUAAGCAAUUACGGGUUCAAAUACCCAAUCUUCUUAACCAUGUGUCACAUGACUGCUUGUUCUUUGUUGAGCUACGUAGCGAUUGCGUGGAUGAAGAUGGUUCCAAUGCAAACGAUUCGAUCUAGGGCUCAGUUCUUUAAGAUCUCGGCUUUGAGUUCAGUGUUCUGUGUGUCGGUGGUGUUUGGAAACAUUUCUUUGAGGUACUUGCCAGUUAGUUUUAAUCAGGCCGUCGGUGCUACGACGCCGUUUUUCACGGCGGUCUUCGCUUACCUGAUGACAUUGAAGAGGGAAGCUUGGCUUACUUAUAUUACUCUUGUUCCUGUUGUUACUGGGGUUAUCAUUGCCAGUGGGGGUGAACCGAGUUUCCAUAUGUUUGGGUUUAUCAUCUGCAUUUCAGCUACAGCUGCACGAGCGCUCAAGUCAGUUUUACAAGGAAUUUUGCUUUCAUCCGAAGGAGAGAAGCUGAAUUCCAUGAACCUCCUCCUCUACAUGGCCCCUAUAGCUGUCGUUUUUCUACUUCCAGCGACACUCAUUAUGGAGGAGAAUGUGGUCGGUAUCACCCUUGCUCUUGCCCGCGAUGAUGUAAAGAUCAUUUGGUAUCUACUAUUCAAUUCAACACUAGCAUAUUUUGUGAAUUUGACCAACUUCUUGGUCACGAAACACACCAGCGCCCUAACUUUGCAGGUUCUAGGAAAUGCAAAAGGAGCUGUAGCUGUGGUGGUUUCAAUUUUAAUUUUCAGAAACCCGGUCUCUGUUACCGGAAUGCUCGGUUAUACACUCACAGUUUUUGGGGUUAUACUCUACAGCGAAGCCAAGAAACGAAGCAAAUGAGACACCUUUUACGUGUAAGAUUGUCAUAUAUGUGGUUUCCUUCAGUGCGAGGACAUCUAUAAUUUUUUAGAGGCCAAGUUUCAGUCAUAUGGUAGGGCAUAUGACACUGCAGUUCCGCCUCAUAGGUAUUCUUUUUCCCUUGGAAGUCUGGGAAAGUGUUUUUUUUUUUUUGUAUUGGCAAGAGGUUUGGGAUUUUAGU